AUGGUAAACUUUACAGUAGAUCAGGUUCGUGAGAUCAUGAACAAAACGAAACAAAUAAGGAAUAUGUCAGUUAUAGCUCAUGUUGAUCAUGGAAAAUCAACAUUAACAGAUUCCUUAGUUUCGAAAGCUGGUAUUAUUUCAAGUAAAAAUGCAGGAGAUGCUCGUUUUACUGAUACAAGACAAGAUGAACAAGAAAGAUGUAUAACAAUUAAAUCAACAGGUAUUUCUAUGUAUUUUGAACACGAUUUAGAAGAUGGAGAAGGAAGAAAACCCUUUCUUAUUAACUUAAUUGAUUCUCCUGGGCAUGUUGAUUUUUCUUCAGAAGUUACUGCAGCAUUAAGAGUAACAGAUGGUGCAUUAGUUGUUGUUGAUACGAUUGAAGGUGUAUGUGUACAAACGGAAACUGUUUUAUAUCAAGCAUUAGGAGAAAGAAUUAAACCAGUAUUACAUGUGAACAAAGUUGAUAGAGCUUUAUUAGAAUUACAGAUGGAAGUAGAAGAUAUUUAUCAAACUUUUGCAAGAACUAUUGAAAGUGUUAAUGUUAUUAUCUCUACUUAUACAGACAAAUUAAUGGGAGAUAUUCAAGUAUAUCCUGAAAAAGGAACAGUAUCAUUUGGUUCUGGUUUACAAGGAUGGGCAUUCACCUUAGAAACAUUUUCAAGAAUUUAUUCAAAGAAAUUUGGUAUCGAAAAAAAAAAGAUGAUGCAACGUUUGUGGGGUAAUAGUUUCUAUGAUGCAAAAACUAAAAAAUGGUCGAAAAACCAACAAGACGGUUAUAAGAGAGGUUUUUGUCAAUUUAUUAUGGAGCCUAUUUUAAAUUUAUGCCAAUCUAUUAUGAAUGAUGACAAAGAAAAAUAUACCAAAAUGUUAACCAACAUAGGAGUAGAAUUAAAAGGGGAUGACAAAUUAUUAACAGGUAAGCAAUUGUUAAAGAAAGCUAUGCAAUUAUGGUUACCAGCAGGAGACACAUUAUUAGAAAUGAUUGUUACUCAUUUACCUUCUCCAGCAGAGGCUCAGAAAUAUCGUGUAGAAAAUUUAUAUGAAGGUCCAAUGGAUGAUGAGGCAGCUAAUGCCAUACGUAAUUGUGAUCCUAAUGGACCAUUAAUGAUGUAUAUUUCUAAGAUGGUUCCAACAUCAGAUAAAGGAAGAUUUUAUGCAUUUGGUCGUGUAUUUUCAGGUACAGUUGCCACUGGACAAAAAGUAAGAAUUCAAGGACCACAUUAUGUUCCUGGAGAAAAAACUGAUUUAUAUGAGAAGAACAUUCAAAGAACAGUUUUAAUGAUGGGUCGUUAUACAGAACAAGUUCAGGAUGUUCCAUGUGGAAAUACAUGUUGUUUAGUAGGAGUUGAUCAAUAUAUAGUAAAAUCAGGAACUAUUACCACCUUUAAAGAAGCUCACAAUAUAGCUGAUAUGAAAUAUAGUGUAUCACCAGUUGUACGUGUUGCAGUCAAACCUAAAGAUAGUAAGCAAUUACCAAAAUUAGUAGAAGGAUUAAAAAAAUUAGCCAAGUCAGAUCCUUUAGUUUUAUGUACUACUGAUGAAUCAGGAGAACAUAUUAUUUCUGGAUGUGGAGAAUUACACAUUGAAAUUUGCUUAAAAGAUUUAAAAGAUGAAUAUGCACAAAUUGACUUUAUUGUUUCAGACCCAGUUGUUUCAUAUAGAGAAACUGUUACGGAAGAAUCUACCAUUACAUGUUUGGGAAAAUCACCAAACAAACACAAUCGUUUGUUUAUGAAAGCAUAUCCAUUGGCAGAAGGUUUAGCAGAAGCUAUUGAUAAAAAUAAGGUAUCUGAUAAAGAUGAUCCUAAGGUGAGAGCAAAUUAUUUACAUAGCAAUUUUCAAUGGGAUAAAAACUUAGCAUUAAAAAUAUGGGCAUUUGGUCCUGAAACUGUAGGUCCAAACUUAUUAACAGAUAACACUAGUGGUAUUCAAUAUAUGAAUGAAAUUAAGGUACAUUGUGUUGCAGCUUUUCAAUGGGCAACAAAAGAAGGAGUUUUAUGUGAAGAAAAUAUGAGAGGAAUUGAAUUUAGAAUGUUAGAUGUCCACAUGCAUGCUGAUGCUAUUCAUAGAGGUGCUGGACAAAUUAUGCCUGCUUGUAAAAAGUGUUUAUAUGCAUGUGAAUUAACUGCUUUCCCAAAACUAGUAGAACCUAUAUAUCUUGUUGAUAUUAAUUGCCCACAAGAUGUAGUAAGUGGUGUUUAUAGUGUUUUAAACAAAAGAAGAGGAAUUGUUAUUUCAGAAGAACAAAAAUUCGGAACACCAUUGAUAAAAAUUCAAUCUCAUUUACCUGUCGCUGAAUCAUUUGGUUUUACUUCAGCUUUACGUGCAGCUACAUCAGGACAAGCUUUUCCUCAGUGUGUUUUUGAUCAUUGGUCAAUUUUAAAUGAUGAUCCAUUUGAUGCAAAUAAAAAUGUAUAUAAAAUUAUCAUGAAUAUUAGAGAGAGAAAGGGUAUUAAAGUAGAAAUGCCAUCAUUAGAUCAAUACUUAGAUAAGUUGUAA